AUGAACAAAAUCGAUGACUGGGGAUCUUUGGAGGCCGAGGGAAAAAUAUUCAUAAUGACGAAGCCUCAACACGACGCUACCUUCUCAACGCAUGAACAAAAUCGAUGGCUGGGGAUCUUUGGAGGCCGAGGGAAAAAUAUUCAUAAUGAUGAAGCCUCAACACGACGCUACCUUCUUACGCAUGAACAAAGUCGAUGGCUGGGGAUCUUUGGAGGCCGAGGGAAAAAUAUUCAUAAUGACGAAGCCUCAACACGACGCUACCUUCUCACGCAUGAACAAAAUCGAUGGCUGGGAAUCUUUCGAGGCCGAGGGAAAAAUAUUAAUAAUGAUGAAUCGCCCCCAAAAUCGAUGACUGAGGAUCUCUGGAGGCCGAGGGAAAAAUAUUCAUAA